UUCGCUGAAAAACAAAAUAGUAAUGGUUAAUUCUCAUUAUAAUCAGACACUUGAGUUUUUCAUGCAGGCUGAACAUGAAAAUAGUCUCCUACACCUAUCUACUGCAUUAGCUUCUGAUAGAAAAUGGACGAUGAAACUCUGGGAUUAGAAAAUCCUCACAGAUCUACGGCACACUGUCACUCACCCAUCUUGACUCACUGUUGUUGGUUUAGUGUCCAGGAAACUGCAAAAAAUCAUCCUGACUACUAGAAGCUAACUGUUAGCAUUAGCAACCUCACCACACAGCAGAACUCUUUCAGGCUUGUGUUAUUUGUGGAGAUAAAACAUCAGCGUUGCAAAUUAUACAGAGUUGGUGGUAGAGUUGCAUCGCUGUUAGCAAAUCAGCGGUGAGAUUUCCAAAUAUCAGGAAGUAAGACUCCAAAUUCUGUCAUCUGAAGCUCUCCUCUGAUCUGGCGAUCUUCUACAUACUGAAACAGGCACAUCAAGGCUUUUUGAACCCAGAGUGCAACAGGCAUUUAUUCCUACUAGAGACCACUGCAAAUGUACUGAUUAAUCAAGUCAACUAAUUUUCUCAAACACUGCAUAUGUCCUUGCAGGGCACUUUGUUCAAAUUAUUCCAUUGUCUUUGUUGUUAGAGCAGGGCUUUGUUGUGUACAUCUGCGUAAUUGGUGUGCCAAGAAACCGUGCACUGACAAAGGUUCCUUGCUUUAAAUAGAAUCUAUGGUCAAAUGUGUGAAUUUGUGUUAACACAAAAUCUUUUUUCUAAUUAAUAAUAAUUAACGUAUUAAUGAACUGGGGCCUCAUUUAUAAAGCUUACUUACGCACAAAACGAGGUAAGUAAUUAAUUAAACAUAAAAUGUUUGAAAGUGCUGGAGAGAUGCAGUUGGGGGCCGCACAAAAAUAUUCAGAGGGUUGCAAAUGGCCCCCAGGGGCCGUAGUUUGGACAUGCCUACUUAGAGAACUUUGAAGGAGGAAAAUAAAAUAAUUAUAAGACACAAUAAAUGUUGGUUUUCCUUCCAUGGGCUCAAGACAGAAAGUCAUUUUUACUCUGACUGUGGCGCCGAGCAUCUUCAGAGGCAGCCAAUCAGAUUCUGCCAUGUUGGGAUGGCCCAGCCAAUGGGAGCGCUCCGCCAAGGAGGAAAAACUGGGACGUACUGACCAAUGUGGUACAGGGGGACCCGGGGAGGACCAAAGAAGCCGCUGUCAAGCUCAUCCUCCGGCGGGAGGAGAAACGUGGGAGGCUGUUUCUGGAGGGUUCUUGAGAUUUGGCUCUUAAACACCUGCCGCCGGUGAGGUGAGUCGUCCUGUCCCUCUGCCUUCCGCAUGAACUCCGAGGAAGAGUAAAGGAGGGUGGGGGGGCAACCGGGAGGAACUUUACUCCGCUGGAUUGCUCUGGAAAAAACCUCAAGUCACUGUCCCGCACGCGACGGAAGUUGGAGCUAAAUUAGAGUCACCCCUCCUCAACCUCCGCCUCGCGUCAAACCCGUUUUGCAUACUGAACUUCCGCCUUGCUCUGCCUCCUUUUUUUUCUCCGUCUACUGGUCCCCAUCAGCCGGCAAGCAGCUGAUAUAACAGGAGGAUACAGUAUCACGGCGGAGCCAUGAAAAGCUGACUCAAAAAACUUCCCUCGGAGGAGGUAGGCGGAUGUCAGGUCGGAGGAGGAGAAGAAGGAGACACAUUUUCGCUAACCACCAUGGGAUUUUCUACUUUCAUGUGAAGAGGCGGAAUGUGCAGUUUACUACUGUCCGUGGAAGUACCAACUCACAGUUUACGGAUUAUUAUUUUGGUAGCUCACGGAUAUCCGCGGGUUUAAGUAAAAACCUCGUUUUAUUACUACAUAUUUUUGUUUUUGUGUUUGUUUUGGACGGAAUUCCUCUGGAGUAGCUGCAUGUGCUUCGCAGUAGCUCCUAAAACCCGGUCCUGUUUUUUUUUACAAUAUUAAUAUUUUUAGAUGUUUGACAUUAGACAUGGGGUGCUUGUCUGUUAGCCCCUCUGAAGCAGCCUGGAAAACCAUCAGAAGCUACUAGUUUUUAUAGCACGUAAGCUAGCUUUAUUUACUAAUAUUUAGUAAUACGCAGGUGUUACACGGUUCGCACAAGAAGACAGUAUUAUUCUGGAUAUUUUUAAGGCUGGUGUAAUUUUGACACCUUAAUCAUUUUUUCAACCGUCCUACUGGAAUAAUCCCUCACACUAAGGAUACGAAUUCCCACAUUUCCACCAGAUUUUUCCACCAUGAGUUACAUGGUAGUGAAUGUAUUGCUACGUGGACUCGUCAUCUAUGCGGUACUGGGCUCGGAGUGCUCCUACUCGAAUGAUCAUUCGAGCCCGUCGACUGAUGCUGCAAAUGUAGCCACAACAG